AUGGCUCAGUCCUACAAGUACAACCGCAUCGACCUGGCUACAGAUGCCAUCAGACUUGUCCGACUACUCAGCGGAGACGAGGGCCAGCCAAUCCAAUGUGAAAUCUUCGAGACUUACCUGCACCAAGUCGAGGGGGUCCCCUACGAAGCAUUAUCAUAUGUUUGGGGAAACAGGCAAUCAGCGGACGUGAUCUGUCUAGACGGGUGCCCGUUUGAAGUGACAGAGAAUCUUUACGAAGCUCUUAUACACUUGCGACAGCCGGAUGAGGACCGGGUCUUGUGGAUCGAUGCAAUUUGUAUCGACCAAAGUCAUAACGCAGAACGAGGCCAUCAGGUCGGUCAGAUGCGGCUCAUAUAUCAGAAUGCUCAAACGGUCAUCAUCUGGUUAGGGGCUAGCAGCCGCAAUAUCGACUGCCUUUUCGACUGGAUGGUCGCUCUCGACAAGCAAGUACUCGCGGUAGCGCGUCCGCAUACACUAAGCACCUGGGAGAACCAGUGGUCGUGGCUUGUCUGGCACAUGCGUGGCCAACCUCCGCCUGAUGAAAUCAGGGAAGCGCUAAGCGGCUUGCUGCAACAAGAAUGGUUUUCUAGGAUAUGGGUGCUCCAGGAGGCAGCACUUGCAAAGUCUGCCAUGAUAGCUUGCGGUCGACGAGAAUCCCGCUUGGAUAUCUUACCCGGGUUGUUGCGCGCGAACUCGUGGUGGGCCGGAGGCUCUAGCAAGGACCUUUUCACCCUCCUCCAGAAGUUCGGACGAAGUAAGGCCAGCGACCACCGCGAUGUCAUCUACGCACUUCUUGGGCUCUCUGCAGACGCGCAGUCGUCCCAGAUUUUGCGGCCUAAUUACGAAAUGAGCCUACAAGAGACAAUUCAGCAGUCUAUGGCAUAUUUCAUGAUGAAGACGCACGACCUACCGAACCACGCCGCUAUCCAAUUAUUGCCAAAAUGGAGCCUGAACGUGUUCCUGGACUCUCUAUCAGAUUUACCUCUUCACAUAUUCCGAUGGGCCACAGAUAAUGCACAGGAUGUACUUCUUUACAACAUCCUCUUGUCCAGGAGGGAAAAGAACGGUGCUCUGGAUAUACAGCCAUACGUGACUCCUGAAGGCCACCAUGGCCCACCCAUAUCGAUCGCAAUGAAGAAGGAGAACUCAGCUUUAAUCGAGCUGCUAUUACAAUUUCCGGAUACAGAUAUCGAGACGAAAGACUUGGACGGCAAUACUCCACUGUCGAUUGCGGUGGGGCAGGGAAACAUGGUCGUUGCGAAUUCAAUCCUGGAACGCAGGCAACAUAACAUUCCUACGAGAGAUUCUCGUGGCAAUACGCCAAUGCUAGUCGCCGCCGAGCAAGGCGCCUCAGUUUUUAAAGCAUUGCUACUCAAGCACCCGGAGCUUGACAUCUAUUCGAAAGACUUCGACGGUGACACGCAACUGUUGACCGCAAUCAAACAUGGAGACUCGACUUCCGUAAAGCAGAUUCUGAAUCUUGGCGAGGCUGAGAUGCAGAUUAAGAAUCUUCGCGAGGCUGAGAUACAUAUUGCCGACUCGAACGGCGACGGGCCGUUGAACAUUGCAGCACGAAGAGGAGACGAGGAUAUUGUGGAUCUGCUCCUAGAAAGAAUCAAUCUGACGCACAUUACUUUCAGAGGUUCAGACGGGCUGACACCACUUGAAUCAGCAUUCGCCGGUGGUUUCUCAGGGAUCAUCAAGAAGCUCUUGGAGUAUCCCCGAGUACACCCGGUCCGCACAGCUGCGAAGGCAAAUCAAUUCGAGUUCCUGCGCAUGAUUCUGGACGUGAAACCGCUCUUAGCAGACGCUGAUUUGUUUCAAUCUCGAACGCCGCUUGGGGUGGCCGCAGAGGCUGGAAUAGUUUAA